ACCAUAUGUGAAGGUUUACCACAUGUAUGCAAAUUGCUAGCGUUAUGACAGGCCGGAUUUUCGCAUGGCUAAACUUAAUAAUAUAAAGCUUUAUGUAAACAGUUGUAAAAUACAGCCGUUAAUUUUAAGAUUUGAUUUGAUCAGUGCAUAUUAACAAUCUUUAAUCAAAGAUCAUAAAAUUCUGAUCAUGUUAAAAUGAAUCUAUAGUCUGAACUAAGUAGUAAGUAGUAACAUUGAAUGUUUGAAGAAACUUUGGCACUUAUAAAGAAUCAUGUAGACUGUAAAGGUCAUUCAUAGGAUUCCUCUUAAAAAAGUCGAGACUGAUAAGGGGAUUCUUCGAACAAACAGUCAACCGUCAAUCCAACGCGUCCUAACGGUCAUAUGAUGCCAAGAAGAGAAGCACUAGGGGAACCGAACAAGACCAGUAUAUAUAUUGUCAUGUAAAUUGGUGAUCUGAACCGCUUAAAAUAAAAUAGUCAAUAUUUCAAGCUUCACUAAGGUUAGUACUAAAUAUCUAUACAAUACAACAAGUGGUCUUUGUUAUUAAUGCGUAUGCGGGUUUGAAGAAUUGUAUAUUUAUUCCACACUAUAAUUUCCUAAUGGCUUAGUCGUUUUAUUGUCGAUCAACGAAUUUCUCUGUCACUUCUUAACUAAAUAAGUGAUACCCGUUUACACGUUUAGUACAGUUUAUAACAACAUACCGAUUCAUAAAACUAAAAGACUAUAUCAUAGCUAAGUAGGGCAUGGACAGAACAUCCGGAUGUUUAAGUCCCCAGCGGGCUAGGCCGGUGGUAUAAUAUUGGGUAAUAUAAUCAGAAUUUUGGGCAUCUCACGCGAUAGAACUCAUGCAUUGUAGUCUGUAGAAGGGCAGUUUUGUAGGUGCGGGAAAUUUCAAUUGUAAAUUUUAUACAUUUAUUAAACCUAAAAUGGCUAUAUACCAGGAGCAGUUGCGAAAAAUGCAACUAUACCCCUGGUUAGGUCCAAUAAAUGUAUUACUAUAAUUAUAAAAUUUACACUCGGCGAAAUGUUAUUACCUACAAAACCCUUUUAUAUACUCUGUGACUAUAUAGACUAUAUAUACAUAUACAUAUACUGUUAACAUUUCGCCGUUUAUCCUAGAUCGAUCGUCAGAUGGGUAAGCGGCUCAAACGACAAAAGGGAAAAUAGCGAACACUAUCUCAUAUAUAUUAUACAUAAUUUAUAUGCAUAUACUGAAAACUCUAAUAUAUUAAUAUUAGUAAAAUCAAUAAAGACUAAAGGGUAAAGACUAAAGUUCACUUAAUCAGUUCAGAAGUCCGCUCAGAAACUGUAUAUGGCCAUAUGGGGUUGUUAUACUUUCAGAUGCAGUUACAUGCAGUGAGUUACUCUUUAUAAUAUAGAUUAUAGGUUUUAACUGUGUAAAUAUCAAGAUAAGAACUGAAUGUAGAAGGGUUUUUGUAGAUGGAAAUUUCGAGUAUUUUAUUGACAUAUAUACUUUGUGACACCACCCCCCUUGAAAACAUCUUGUCGGCAAAAUAACAGAUUUAUCGACAAAUUGUUUUCGUACUUAUAUUAGCGAAAAUAUUUGAGUGGCUCGGAUUAAAAAGUGCUGAAUAGUUAUAGCAAAAAUUUUGAUAACAAAUUACGGCACAUUAAUUCGAAAGUCAGUGAAAAAUGGUAUGUCCGGAAAUUUUUUUACUUGAAAGCCACGCAUGCGAGAGCAUGGUCAAUCCGUCAACAUGAAUAUGUAUUCUUGAAAACCAGCUUAAAAUUUACACUGAAAAAGUUUUUAAACAGCGCUCAAAGCUUUCUAUUAAUGCAUUUAUUCAUAUAAAACUUCUUAGCAGACUUACAAGUGAGAUUUUUCUUAUUUUUUUCUAAGAAUUGUUUGAAAUGUGACAUCUUUACACGCAUUUAUUCAAGUACAUACGCCAGAAUCGUAUACGACUAGUCGUAUCGUGUAGAUCAUGUUGGAAACGCUCCCUUCGUGUCUCUUUAAUGCCAUGUAGAAAACCGCUUGAUAUAUGCCUGCAUAAUAAAUGAACUUGCAUGCGGGCUCUUCUUGGCAGGUGUGUACACUCAGUAGUCUGUGUGGGAGAGUCAAAUCUAUAGACUAUAAUACUCCUUAAACCACAACCCAAACUCAUUAGUGUAUAGUGAGUGGUUUUGGCUAAUAUUGCCUUUUAGCUAAUAAGUGUUUUUCCUUUUAAUAUUGAAUGUACAUCGUGGGAAAAUAAGAAAACUAGUCCUUAAACCACAACCCAAACUCAUUAGUGUAUAGUGAGUGGUUUUGGCUAAUAUUGCCUUUUAGCUAAUAAGUGUUUUUCCUUUUAAUAUUGAAUGUACAUCGUGGGAAAAUAAGAAAACCCUGAGGACAAGGUUUGGAAAAUUCUGAGGCGCUCACAGAAUCCCAACCACGGAAAUAAAAAACCUUUAUUUGGUACGAAGCCGGCAAUCUUUCUCCUGCAUUUCAGUGUUUUUUUAUGAUAAAUUGUUGCUAAUAUUUCAUAUUAGCGCUUACAAAUAAAAUAUUUUAUACGCACCCGUAACAUUAAAAAUUUAAAGAGCGCCGCGGCGCUUAAACGAGUAAAUACUGUAAUCGCAAAUAAUUUUUCAGACGGUGCUUCGAUUAAGCGCCGCGUUGUUAAUAUUAAGUGCGGCGCUUAUUCGAGGGCGGCGCUCUUAUAAUAAUUUUGCUCUCAUAUGUGGCACUUAAUCGGGGGCGGCGCUCUAUCGAGGAGGCGCUUAAACGAGUAUCUAGGUUUUCCAGGGUUCAUUUUGACACAGCUCUCGUUUUCAGGAAAACGGGGUCACGUGAUCAAUUUCUGCAAAAGGACUAUUAUCGGUUGGAGCUAAAUAUACCCAAACGUAUCUAAAACAUUUUUAUGUUCCCUUUUCAGACAUACCGCAUGAUAAUGUAGCAAGGUCGUGCCAUAAUGGCGUUCAAGUUAAUCAUCAUUUACGCAUGUGCAGGAGUGGUAUCUUUCAUUAUUUGUUCGUUUCUCAUUCUACUACUGUACCGAUGGAAAGAUAAGAAGACAAAAGUUAGAUAUCCAUCAAUCGUCCUGACAUCCCAUGAUAGCCCACAGUUAAAAGAGAAACGACUUUGGACUCCUCCCAAAGGUAAAGAUGAGAUCGCCAAAUCCACAAAGAGAGGUGAACGGAGUGAGAAGGCAAGAAGUUAUUGGUUUCCAAAACGUGACAUCAGACCAUUUCUUGCACCUACAACAGGUGAAUACCAACAACCCGUCGUUUGUAAACAGGUACGAAGAUUUUAUAAUCAUUCUGAUUAUCAAGUUAAUUUUCAAUGUUAUAAAGACCACAGAAGCUCAGGCUCGCUAUUGUCCGUUGUUGUCUUUAUUCAGAACUAGCCCAAAGCCCCAAAUUACUCUACUUGCAACAAAGGUCAGCAGUGAUCGUGGACAUCUUAUGGACGAGGCCCUUGUGGGUAUACAUUUAUAUUUAUUACGUGCGGUGAUUAGCCGAGAUCGCAUAAUUGGAUUGGAUGUCAUCACGUGAUGUCACCAUCCAAUGACCAACUUGGUCAUGCCUUCCAGACAGAUUGGAGAAAUUGUAAACGCCUGCCUGUACAGUAUAGAACCCCAUUACCUCGAAUGACCACGGGAAAAAUAUUUAGCCGGGGUUCGAGAUAACCGAAUCAGUGUUAAAUUACAAAAAAUAAUAAUACUUAUUAUUAAAAUAAAUUAACGUGACUGAUCCAUUUAAUGACCGAUGAUAUAGCUUUUAUAUGUGGAAAAAUAUGAUAAACACAUGCAGUUUGCUCUAGGUAUCAAAGAGUGCAGCAUUCUUUAUUACAGUCUAUUUCGCGUGCAUGUUUACGCUGCAAAAUCAAAUAUACGUAUACGUACUCCCUAACAAAAACAACGAACCGAGUUUAUUCGAGUUCCUGGAAAAAGCUGCGGCAGCUCUAACAGAAUGGGAUCCUUGUUUUGUAGACUGAUGACGUCGGGAAAGGUCGUCUCAAGUUUUCUUUCAGCUAUGAUUACCACAUGGGAAAAGGAAAGUAUGUAAUAUAUAGAUUAUAUAUAGCCACUAAAACGAAAGGUGUCUAAACAGUCACCGACUGACGGACUGACACUGACUCGUACCCAGGCGCUUUAGGUACUAUGAAUCUAUGGUACUAUAAAUUGAACCACAGAAAACCUAUUCCCCAUGAGGGGGUUGCCACGAAAUUGCUUUUCUAAGCACUUUUUCGCACAACGGCCCACGGUGGUACACUAUUCCGCCCUGUAACGUCCUACCGCAAACUUUAUAGUGAUUGAAAACAAAUGGAUGCCGUUCAAGAAAACAUUCAAGUUCUCAUGCAAAUAUCUUUACAUUUAAAUAUAGGUCACUUCUCACAGUGAAGUUGCAUCAUGGUCGUGAUUUUACGGAUGAGUUUGACAAUAUGUCGAUGGAUUCGUUUGUAAAGACACGUCUCCUACCAAGUAAACUUCAAACAUUCAAUUCGAAACUUCAACGACGAACGCUUAAUCCCAACUAUAACGAGACAUAUCAUUUUGAUAUUGAAUAUUCCGAGUUGAGCUCCCAAGUGCUUUGUUUUGAGGUUUAUCGCUAUGACUGCGUUUCCAGACACAACGUUUUUGGCGAAGUGAUAGUGCCGUUCAAAGACCUGGGUUGUAGCGGCAGCGGAAAUGUUAUCAAAGAAAUAUCAAUGUCGAUGAAUAUAACUGAACCUGAUACAAUGUCAGCAGGUUUAUCCACUGUGAAUGGUUUUUCCAAUAACAAUGACAUCAUUGGUGAUAUGAAGAUACAAGCACAAAACGAUAUCGUCACUGGCUAAGAUGCUUGGUAAACAACCACGGAAUAUGCAACAGAAGGUGAUUGACACAUAUGUGCACAAAAAUUAGCCCAGUAUAUGACCUGGAGAUAUAAAAGAGUCAAUUUUUAAAAAAUAGUUGUUUCAUUAUGGUUCGGCCACAGAUUAGAUUUAACCAGUGAGCUCUAGUAUAUCUGAAGCAAGAACUUCAGUCAUCAAAAUACAAAUUUUGGCACACUCCUGGCAGCUUUCUUGUCGGACACAGACAAACACGAUAGAAUGAGACUGGGUUGACGUCCAAUAGCUUUUCAAUUUCCGCGAUCAUUGCCUUCACUUUUUUCGACUCAAGUUCUCGCUCCAGUACAUAUAGAGAUCACUGGAUUUAACUGACUUUAAUGAGUGGUUCGACUCCGAUACAUUUCGCACCUUCAUCAAGUUUUACGCACUCUUUAUACCAAAUGCUUUCCUUUUAUGUUCGCAUGACGGUAUAUAACAAUUGAAUUGCAGUUUGGUCGAAAAUAGCACGUUUAAUUAUUUCGGCUCAAUUUGUUCACUGGUGAAGAUCCAGGCUAUACCACAACGGUAAGGGUGGAUUUCCCACUUAGUCUUACAGAGAAAUAUUACGCAUUUACGCUUGAUUUCUUUUGAAUUGUGACCAUCCGAAUAAAUCAGUUCUAUGCUUGACCGCUGACAAUUAAAAGAAAUUGAGCGAAAAGUUUCGAGAAAUCAGCGAAAUUUUUCUUGCAAGUGGAAAUCCAGCUUAACUGUAUUUUUCGCGAUACUUUAUUAAAAUAAGGCCGUUCGUUUUCCACUUCAACCGUAUCGUAUCGAAGCGUAUUUCUUUGUUUCCUGAGCACUAGAGUGGAACCUAAUGACUUCGACACAAAAGAAAAUGCUACGCUACAUUACGAUUUAAGUGGAAAACGGCCUUUGGUAUCUAGCUUUUAUAAAAAUGGAAUCACGGGUGUGGUAACCAGGUCUUAUAUAGGAGUGUUAAAUUCAACUCUAAUUCUUGGACUGAAUGCAAUGCACUUGCCUUCAGAUUUCAUUUGCACGCAGCAAGUAUAUAUUUGGACCGACUUCCCACACCUUUACUUUCGUAUACCAUCGUGUACCUCGUUCUCGAUCUACAAUCUUGGAGAUAAUCCUUUUCAACCCUUUGUGAACGACACAAGCUUAACAUGACACAGCGUAACAUUGAGGUGGGGAGCUAGUGGGGUCUUAGGAGGAGCAACGUGAAUUUAUCGUAUAUGUGCAUGGUAUGCGAAUUUUACGUAGACUACUAGACAGUCUCAACAAUAAAGUUAUGUCCAAGAUAUUGUAGUUUCGUGCGAUAUACAAACACAGAAGGUACGCGAAAUAUAAUAUAUGAGACUGACUUAGCGUGAUAAAAGAGACGAUAUACACCCAUAUAUUAAAAUGAGUUUAAAUUUUAAAAACCAUGUUAUUGCAAUAUUGGAGGCAUUUUUGCUGCACUUGCAACGCAGAGAAAUUGAGAGAAUAUAUAUAUGGCCUUGGUUUUACUCCAAGUGAUGAAAAUGAAAAAUAUCGGCGGAGCGAAACGUGGGUCAUGACCAUGUUGACAAUUUUGUGUGAAUAGUUUUCUAUAAAGGCAUGAAAAUUGCAUUGCAAGUUGCAGCAAAAUUGCCUCUUGAAGCAUGGCCUCAAGCUCAGUCAGGUGACGCAAAUUAUUAAAAAAUCUGAAAGCUGUCCCAAAACUGUAAAUAAAUUUGGUUAGUGGUAUUUCAAACCUGCUUUUGAGGUAUCAAAAAGAGUAUAUUCUGUGCAUCCUGGGCCUAAAUCUUAAAAUGUUCGAAUGUCGUUUGGAAUGAUAACACAGGCGUAUAAUACAGAAACCUGACAUCAAAUGACACAGAUCUAGACCUACAAAGUCUUUCGAUUUUGGCGAGAGACUCCCACAUUUUGGUGACAUUAAUUAUCCAUCUCCCUCCCACAUGAAGACAAUUUGAAGAAAUCUUCCGCAUUCCUUGUGUUUUAUCU